AUGAUCGAUACUGGUGCCACUCAUUCAUUUAUCACUCAAGGUGCCCUUAGCACAUUAUAUCAUUCAGCCAUACCCCAAUGUGAUCGUAUAGCUCAAUUAGGUGAUGGUCAAACGACGCUUAAAAUAGUGGGUGAAGUUCAACUAUUCUUGCAAUUUAAUAAAGUUUUUACGCCUUUAAAUGUUCUCGUUGUCAAAACAAUGAAUACAGAUUUUAUACUUGGCAGUGAUUGGUGUACAAAAAAUGCAGCAAGAAUCGAUUAUGAAAACAAUCAAGUGUCUAUACGUUCUUCAUGUGGUCGUGUCUUCAUUCCAUAUCACAAAAGCAUUGAUUGCUUAACUUUAGAUGUCAAAUCAAUUAAUGUUAUUCAUAUACCUCCACGUGAAUCAUACUCUGUUCAAGCCAAAGUCGAAUUAUCAUCAGCUGAUACCGUCUACUUCUCACCUGUCGAUCCUAUACAAUCCGAAAAAUCUAUUGUCAUAUCACCUUCGUUGUUACACAUAAAUAAUUAUACCACAUAUUUAGAAGUAUAUAAUCCACAUGAUUAUUCCUACACAUUACCAAUGAAUACUCUUCUAGCUCGAGUAACACAUACACCGUAUGAAAUGCAUUCAUGUUUAUUAUUUGAUACAUUUCGUGAAACUUUGUCGGUAUCGCUUCAACAUCAUAUUUUUAAUACAAUUGAACUAGAGCAAAAACCUUCUGAAACAUCGAACAGAAUUGAUAAAUUAAUUAUUCAUAUUAAAAAUGUUCAAGAGCAACAACAAUUACGUUUAAUAUUACAACAGCACAUGAAAAUUUUUGAUAUUUCGAAAAUUACACAAGCCAACACGCAUAUUCAACACACUAUUAACAGCGGUGAUAGCCUUCCGGUUAGCUCACGACCAUAUCCAAGAACCAUCGAACAAAGACGUGAACUUCAAGAUGAAAUCCAAAAAAUGACACAAACAAAUCAAAUUCGUCCAUCCAAUUCCCUUUGGUCAUCUCCAGUUAUUAUUCACAAAAAAAAGGAUGGUGGUAUUCGAUUUUUAGUGGAUUAUCGAAAAUUGAAUUCGGUGACCAAAAAAGACUGCUUCCCUCAACCAACAACUGAGGAAUUACUGCAUCGAUUAGGUGGUCAUCGUUUUUAUACAAAAUUAAAUCUUAAAUCAUCUAAAGCCAACUUUCAAGUUAAUCCUGUUAAAUGUUCCAUUGCUGUUCAAGAAAUCGAUUUUUUAAGCCAUACAAUCAAUGAACAAUGCGUUAAACCUAAUGGUGAUAAAAUUAAAGCUAUUGUCGAUUUACCAACUCCAAAAACACUUAAAGAAGCAAAUGAAUUUUUAGGGAAAAUUAAUUGGUAUCGAAAGUUUAUUCCUAAUUUUGCCCGUAUAGCCGCACCAUUACACAAAGUUACCAAUAAAACAAAACAUCAUCGCCAUGAAUUUAAAUGGGGACCUGAUCAACAACAGUCAUUUAAUGAAUUUAAACGUCUUCUGACAACAUAUCCAUUAUUUUUAGAAUAUCCAGAUUCAUCAACUCCAUUUGUUUUAACAACUGAUGCAUCAAAUAUUGGAAUAGGUGGAAUUUUACGACAAGACACACCGAAUGGCACAAAAAUUAAUUAUUUUAAAUCACGUAUGUUAGAUGAUACCGAACGUAAAUAUGAUACAAUUGAACAAGAAGCAUUAGCUAUUUUUUGGUGUCUGUCUGAACUUCGAUCAUAUAUAGGUGAUUCAGAUUUUAUUAUUGAAACUGAUCAUAAACCACUUGAAAAUUUUCAUAAGAAACAAAUCAAUAAUAAACGAAUAAUGAAUUGGCUUUUUAAAUUACAAGAUAUACUGCCACAAAUUAUUGCAGUCAAGCAUCGCCCAGGUGCACAUAACGCAGCUGCUGAUUAUAUUUCACAACACUUUCCACCAUCCACAUCUACCAACAUUAAUCCAUCUACCACAGCUGUAACAUAUGAUGAUUGGCCAAUUGGUACUGAACAUUGGGAUGAACAAGUACUCAAACCACAACGUACACAAUGUACUCCACCAUCUAUUUUAGAACACACUUGUACUCGGAAUGCGAGUAUCAACGCGGAAAUUAAUGCUGUUACAACCAGAGCACAAUCAAAACUUCAAGCUCAACCACAUUGCUCUUCACCAAAUGCAUCAUCCACAUCAACUACAUCUCAAUCUACGUGUUCGUCUCCGCCGAUCACUACUCCAUUACAUGAUUUUAGUUUAUCACGUAUACGUUCUGAACAAGCACAGGACGUAAUUAUUCAACAAAUAAUCCAACAAAUUCGAAAUAAUCGUCGCUAUGAAUCGUUUAUUAUUCAACAUGGUAUUCUGUAUAAAUUAGUUAACCGCGAUGAUACUACUAUUAAACUUGUUUAUGCACCUUCGAAAUUAAUUCCAGAAAUAAUGACUGCUUAUCACGAUCAUCCAUUAAGUAAUCAUUUUGGUACUGGACGUACAUGGUCUAUGCUAAGAAGCACAUAUUAUUGGCCACGUAUGAAAGACACAGUAACAUCGUAUACUUAG